GAGGGUGCUACAGGCUACAACAGGUUUUUGUGUAAACAGAGGCUGAGGCGGACACGGACACAUGGCACAGACAAGGUUACGGUCUGGCUUCCCAGCCGAGGGGAGAUUUUCUGCCCUUUACCCGCAAACACAAAGUCUUCUAAGAAUGAAGCAUGGACAACGGAUCUACUACUUAGAAUCUUAGGACCUGACAUUUGCUGGAAUCAAAUUCAGAAGAGAAGAAAUAUUGAACCAUCUUUUUGGCACACAAUUUGGAGUAAUAAAGGACCAUGGAUCUAAGUUACAUUCCUGAAGACUUAUCCAGUUGUCCGAAAUUUGGAAAUAAGUCCUGUCCUCCCACCAACCGCCCGUUGUAUGUCCGAGCGCUAAUGUAUGCUGUUAUGACUGGAGCCAUGGUUAUCACCAUCUUUGGGAACUUGGUUAUAAUGAUUUCCAUAUCCCAUUUCAAACAGCUUCACUCUCCCACAAAUUUUCUGAUCCUCUCCAUGGCAGCGACAGAUUUUUUGCUGGGUUGUGUCAUCAUGCCAUACAGCAUGGUGCGAUCAGUGGAGAGCUGUUGGUAUUUUGGGGAUAGCUUUUGUAAAUUCCAUGCAAGCUUUGAUAUGAUGCUGAGCCUGGCCUCCAUUUUCCACCUCUGCUCCAUUGCUAUCGAUCGAUUUUACGCUGUGUGUUACCCUUUACAUUAUGCGACUACAAUGACCACCUCCAUGAUAAAGCGAUUACUCGCAGUUUGCUGGUCUGCCCCUGCUCUUUUUAGUUUUGGUUUAGUUCUCUCCGAGGCCAAUAUUGCUGGUAUGCAGAGCUAUGAGAUUCUUGUCACUUGCUUCAACUUCUGUGCACUCACUUUCAACAAACUUUGGGGAACAGUAUUGUUCACUACUUGCUUCUUGACUCCUGGCUCUAUCAUGGUUGGUAUUUAUAGCAAAAUCUUUAUUGUUUCCAAGCAACACGCUCAAGUCAUCAGCAGUGUGCCCAAAAACACUAAAGGGGGUUUGAAAAAAAGUCUAUUUAAGAAAAAAGAUAGGAAAGCAGCUAAGACUCUGGGCAUAGUGAUGGGGGUGUUUCUGGCUUGCUGGCUGCCGUGCUUUCUUGCUGUUCUGAUCGACCCGUAUCUGGGCUACUCUACUCCCAUGUUAGUGCUCGAUCUUUUGGUGUGGCUUGGGUAUUUCAACUCUACCUGCAACCCUCUCAUUCAUGGCUUUUUUUAUCCAUGGUUUCGGAAAGCUCUUAAGUACAUAGUGUCAGGAAAAAUAUUUAACUCUCAUUCACAAAGUGCAAAUUUGUUUCCUGAAGGACAGUCAUGAAAAAGCACUUUAAAAAUAAAUAUUGAAAUGGGAAAUUUGGUAUCCUUGGCUGCAGUGUACACUUUCCAUCAGGUCCCUAUAAAGGUUCCCCUACACAAUAUUGGUAUCUCAGUUCUAUAACAUGCUACGAGCUACACAUUUGACCAAUUGGUACUUCAAUCAUUUGUAAAAAAUUAAUUUGCUGUUCAUGUACACUUGUUCUGAUGCUGGAGAGAAAAUGUGUAAGAGAAAUACAUAGUUCGGACCAGGUUGACCUAGAUUUUGAUCCAUGAAACAAUUAAAUGCCAAUAUAAGAAUCAGGAAAAGGGCUGGGGAUUUAGCUCAGUGGCCUAAGCGCCUAUCUGGCAAGCACAAGGUUGUGAGUUUGAUUCACUGUAUCAAAAAAAAAAAAAAAAAAAAAAAGAAUCAGGAAAAUAAAAUGCUGAUGGUUUUGACUCUACUUGCUUUCACUGUUGGAAUUUGGGAAAGAGAAGAUCUUUUGGUCAGUGUGAACUUUCACUAAUAAUGCUUUCUAGGAUGCUGACACAUUUCUCUUAAAUAUCUUAAAUGCUUUCAUUGCGAGGCCCUUCCCCAACCCCCAGCCUCUCCACUGGCUCUGUGCUCUGCAUUACAAUGCCACCUCUGCCCAGAGUCCCAGUGGCAUUUUAUCAAGGGGAAGCAGUUGCAAGAAAUCAGUAGGUCUCCUGGUCACUUCUUUCUGGGCUGCUCUGUCAGGCGUGGUGGUGGCUGCCUGCCCUUGCUAUCCAUAGAUUCUAGACCGCAUGUUGCUGGCUUCCUAACAAGAGUUGCCCAGUCACCAUGGUAACAGUCCCUCUAUUAAAUCCUCCAAAAUCAACCCGGCCAGCUGCACCAUCUGCUUCCCACUUCAUAUCUGACCAAUGCAGAUUUUCCCUGGUCCAAGAUGAAGUUUUAAAUUCCUCCCAAAACCCUCCAG